UAUACAUAGAAGAAAAAGUAAACUUACAGAAGCAAAAAAAAAAAGAAAAAUAGAAAAAAGAUGGAAAUUUACAAAUGAAAAUUUUAAAAGAAAAUUAUGUUUUAAGAAAAGAAAAGAAAAGUUACAAACAAAACGUUAACAACUCACUGGAAUAAACAAUUUGAAAAUGUCAGAAAACGAAAGUGUUGAAGAUCCCAAUGAUUCGGAGCACAAGCAUUUUAGCUUUACCCGGAAAAUGAAAAACAGCAUUUCAAAAGUUAAGCAGAGCAUGAAGAAGAUAGCUGAGGAAAUGCAAGACGAGGUGCAACAACCAACGCAUAUAAUCCCCGAGCGUUUAGAACACCUGGAAUAUCAAACUGGAUUUUCCAGGCAUGAAAUACGUAAAUUUUAUCGUGCCUUUAAGCAACAUUGUCCUGGCGGUGUUGUGACAACGAAUAAUCUCAGACCAGUUUACGCAAAAUUAUUUCCCUUGGGCGAUCCUCGAAAAUAUGCUCAAAUUGUCUUCAACACGUUUGACGAAAAUAAAGACGGAAUAAUUACGUUUAGCGAUUUAAUUAAUGGAAUAGCGUCAAUAGUAAAAGGUGACACUGACAAAAAGCUUUCGUGGAUUUUCAGGUUGUACGAUUUGAAUGGUGAUGGACACAUAACACGUAACGAGAUGAUGUCCAUUGUAAGUGCCAUUUAUGAAGUCGUGGAAAACACCCGAUCGAUUGAGCGCGCCGUUGACAGGCAUGUAAAUCGCAUUUUCGAAAAAAUGGAUCUUGACAAAGACGGAAUCAUAUCCAAAGAAGAAUUCAUAACCAGCUGUAAAAAUGAUCAAUUAAUUUGCAACCAAUUAACGAUAUUCGACGACAUAUGGUGGUAAUUGUAUGUUAAUUGUAUAGGAGAAACUGAAAAAUUCGUUUAAUUAUUACUGAAAUAAAAAUUAUUUAGAUACUGAAGUUAAAUGAGGCAUUAUGACUUAAUUUAUAAU